UUGGAUAGAAUUUGUUCCGCGAAGUGACAUCCCGUUUCGCCGUAAAUAAACCCAUGUGACCGGAAAUAUCAAGUGUGACUGCAAUGUGGUGAUACAACAAAUCUCUGUUGAAAAUGACUGAUCAAUUUGGAUACUUAGAGUUACUACUGAAGGCCUCUGCCAAGGACCAAGUUGUGAAGAUUUGUGAAGAGGCAUUCCUGCUUCGCCAUAAGUCUCUGCACUGUGUGCCAGACAAUGUCGUCAACAGCACUGCAGAGAAGUUGGGGGUGGAUAAGAACAGCAGUCGAUCUCUCCUGACAAGCCUGGGUCAUGUGAUCUCCUCAGCAAUAUUCCUCGGUUCCUCCGACUCAAAGACUAUCAUCACUAUCUUUCCAGACAAUUUCCACAAGAACCUUCGUGACCUUCUGACAAAGAUCUUCAUGGACCACAUGGCAGGCUGGAAGAUGCAGACUGCAGGAGGACUUGUCUCUCUUCCCAAAAUGGUUGACUUUGACUGGCGCGUUGACGUGAAGACAUCUUCUGAUACUGUGGCCAGGAUGUCGGUGCCAACAUGUAUCCUGAACAUGCAGGUCCAAGCUACAGCUACAGAUGUGGGGAUUGUGCCGGACGUGUCCAGUGUUAAUGUAGAACUGUCGAAGGAGACGCUAGACACCAUGCUGGACGGACUCUCGAAGAUACGAGACCAGCUCUCAUCAGUAGCAAGCAGAUGAGUGUAGUGGACAUUAGCAAUUUACUGUUAGAGAAUCUGUUUUCAUCUCCAGACCAAAGUUAAUGAAUUCUUCCAUUUCUAAGAAUGUACCAUAUUUUCAUGUUUAUUUGUACCAUAUAUUAUACAUUUGUAAAAUACAUAAAUAAAUUAUCAAUAUUUA